GGCUUCGUCCCUGGUGUGAGGUCGGACCUCUGGCUAUCCUGAUCAUCCUCCCGUGUCGGUUUCGUUUCCUUGCGGCCCUUCACUGCGACCACGGCAGGAAGGCGGGCCUGCGGGCACCCUAGCCGGCCAGGGCAGGGGAGAGGGGGUCCUGCGGCCGGAAGCCGGAAGUCGGAAGGGGUGGUGGUGAGGACGUGUUCCCGGGACGCCGGAGGGUGAGGCCGGCGGGGCUGGCGACAUGGAGCCGCUCUACCAGCAAACGCACAAGCAGGUCCACGAGAUCCAGUCUCACAUGGGACGCCUGGAGACAGCCGACAAGCAGGCCCUGCACCUAGUAGAAAAUGAAAUCCAGGCCAGCAUAGACCAGGUGUUCAGCCGUCUCGAGCGCCUGGAGAUCCUGUCCAGCAAGGAGCCUCCGAACAAGAGACAGAAUGCCAAACUUCGUGUCGACCAGUUAAAAUAUGACGUCCGGCACCUGCAGACUGCUCUCCGAAACUUCCAGCAUCAGCGCUGUGCGAGGGAGCAGCAGGAGAGACAGCGAGAAGAACUACUGUCUCGUACUUUCACCACUAACGACUCUGACACCACCAUACCGAUGGAUGAAUCCCUACAGUUUAACUCCUCCCUCCAGAAAAUCCACCAUGGCAUGGACGACCUCAUUGAAGGCGGGCACAGCAUUCUAGAUGGCCUGAGGGCCCAGAGGCUGACGUUGAAGGGCACCCAGAAGAAGAUCCUCGACAUUGCCAACAUGCUGGGCUUGUCCAACACGGUGAUGCGGCUGAUCGAGAAGCGGGCCUUCCAGGACAAGUACUUCAUGCUCGGCGGCAUGCUGCUCACUUGUGUGCUCAUGUUCCUCGUGGUGCAGUACCUCACCUGAGCCAGCUGGGCCCGACAGGACAGUGUUCCGCUGCAGGAGAGUGUGAGUGUGUGUGGUGGGGGGAAGCCUGAGGCGCCCUUCAGAAUGUAUGCCUGCCUUAACUGUGAAGACACUCGGGAGUGACUGCCACUUCCGUCCUGCCCUGUGUCGGAGGGAGACCAGUAUCGCCAGGACGCUCAGUGCUGGAGGGGGUGGAAGAAGUCUGUUGUGACACGCGCUCUCACUGGGGGGGAAGGAGUGGCUCUGGGGGCCUUAUUCACACAGCUGACGGGCACCCUGGGAAGAUUUCCACAGCGGGCCUUGCCCAUGGGACUGUCCACACCUUGUCAUCCUCCAACCUUUCUGGCUACUGAGGCAUAAGCUGGCACCAAAGUGACAAGGGGAGGAAAGAAGCCACCUUUUCCUGCCCGGUAAUAGCUCCUAGCCACCUCCCUCCCUCAAAGUAGUACAUCUGUUUAACACUCGCGUCCCUCCCUAGACAGAGCCACCUAAGGGAAGCU